ACUUUUCCUGAGCAUACAUUUAAAACUAACAUUUGACAACAAGCUCUAACUCUAAAUUUGGUAAAUUAAAGUCAAAUUAGGGGCACUCCUCAGAACGGCGGUCUAAUAUAGUAGUAAUAGCCGCCGAUUAAUAACUAAUUGGUGAGGUAAUUUUUUUUUUCACUUCAAACUUUAUUUGUUUGCAGAUUAAUUGUUGCUUGUAAUGAUUUAAUGAUAUAAAAUAAAAAUAACCAUGGCCAGCAGAACGCACGCGCCAGUUCAUAUUUCCAAUAAUUUUUUGUCAGGAAACAUUCUACAAACUUAUUACACAAGCACAAUGCUGAAGGCGAAGGCUAUUUAGCCUAUGCUUUUGUUAGUGUGGUUUGCUGAACACUCUCUGCCGUCUAAUUCUAAUAACUAAUAUAAAACAAUUCAAAUUCAACAGAUAACUUUUGUUUCUCUCUUGAAUUUCCCGUCUUUUUCUUCUUAUUUUUUUAAAUUUUUAAAAAAUUACAUAUUUUAGGAGAUGAUUGAUGAUGAAAAGCCUGAUGAAGAUCGUGAUCUUAAAAAAAAAAAGAAAACAUUUAAAAUUAAGUCAACAAUUUUCGGCGGCAAGUAACCAGAUAUUUUCUAACGAAUAGUAUAGUAUUAAUAGUAUUAUUAUUAUACUUUAAAUUUGGGACCGCCGUUCGGUGGAGUGCCGUAGGAAUCUACUGAUUUAUUACUCAUUCAAAGACUGCCCAGUAGUACUAGUAGUAAGUGUCCAGAAAGGAGUCAGGAAGGGAGGUCUCAGAAAGAAAAUGUCAUAGUCUUAAAUCAGUUAUAUUAUAAUUGUUCUUCUUUGUACCUAUUUAGUCUAUUGAUAAUACGGUACUCAAUAGGCCUAAGCCUAAUUAUCAAUAAAAUAGUUUAGAAUUUUAACACCUAAAACAGUACAUCUUGACCUCUUUAGCCUGGCCAAUAAAAUCAUUAGAUGAAAUGAUACAUUAUUAUGGUUUAUUUUGGGUUAGCAGAAAGGCUGCGGCUAUUCAGACCAGGGUCCGAGAAAUUAAAAAAUAUUUUAAAAGUAUUGUAGGGUUUGUAAGACAAAAUAAGUUAUCAAAUGAAAGAUAAUUGAAUGGACUAUAUGACUUAUUCUUAAGUUUAACUAAAAUAAACUAUCAUUUGUGAAAUGCAUCGCCUCUAUUUGGACCCGGGUCCAAAUAGCCACUUGGUAGUGGAAAGGAUAAACAGUGUCCCGUCUCGAAACACUUCAAUAUAGACAUAGUAUUUUAUUAUUACUAUUGGCUUGUUUUAGUUAAGCAUUUGAGUGAUUAAUUUUAAAAAAAACUUUUAUUUGCACUUAAAAUUUAAAAAGAUACACACAUCUUUUACUACUUUCUUUCAGGUCUGAUUCAAGCAAAGAAAUUAUAUAUCAUUUUUAAAGAUGGCUGAAAAUGAUAAAGAUAGUACAACUGAGGUAAAUGAAGAAAUCCCAAAGUCAAAGUCACAAAAUUAUCACAGCCUAAAAAUAUAUUUUUAAAAAUAAUAGCCUUACUAUGAAGCAUCUUGAGGAGCACUGAUCUAGUGCAUUGUUUUCAAGCUGAAAAAUUGACUGAAAUUUUAAAGAUUUUUAAGUAUAAUCUAAGUUCCAAAUAAAAUGAUAAUUAAUAGCCUAUGUAAACUACACUUGUACUCACCCUAUGAGUGUGAUGCUGCAUUUUUUAGUAAUUUCAUUUUUGUAACUGAAAUUACUGAAAUCAGUAAAUUCCUGUAAAUUUGUUUGAUGUUCUAUUUUAGUUUGAUGAGGAUGACAAUGAAGAGGACAUUCCUUUGGAGAAAAGGAAGAAGAUUUUUUCUAAGGAAUGUAAGCUGAUAAAUAAAUCCAUUAGAGACACUUUUUUUUUUAAUGUAGAGUGUUUUUAAAAAUUAAUAUAUAAUCAUUUUAUUUUGUAAUAGUAAUAUUUUUAUAUAGUUAUUCAUUAGUUAACUUUAAUGGCAUUAUUUUUGAAGAUUAUAUUUCAGUUUAUAAGUCUCAAAGUAUGUUAUAUUAUAAAUUAUAUUGAUUUUUUGAUGAUGUGUGAUCAAUGAAUUAUAACUAGAUUUUCGGUUUUGUUGAUGAGGCAAUUUUCGCCUGCCAUAUUGCAAAUCCUGUGAAACUUCACUGAAGUCAUAAAAUGACACUAAAGGUUCAACAUUUAUCUUCCAACGAUGUUCUUGAUUAUAUUUGAAGUCGAAAGUGAUAUUAGCCCGAUAAAAACAAGAAAUGACUAUUGAUGAUUUUGUGUAUUUUCGCCUGAUUGAAAGUUCGCUAUGGGGGGGGGGGGGGGCUUCAUAAAAAUUGAAAAUAAGUAUUUAAGCUUGCUUAUACUUAUAUUAAUUUCUUGUUCCAGUUUAUCAAGUGCAUAUUUUCUUAUUCUUAUUAUCUUUUUUAUUCACAUAAUCAUAGUAGAUUUAAAUUUCCUUUGUUUACAUUGGAUAUGUUAAGAUGAGGUAAUGACUCUUUGGUCUGUAAUAUAUUCCAAGAUUUAAACGUUUUUAAAUUUGAAUUUCUAUUAUUUCUUUGAAUAAUGUAUUUAGUUUUGUUCAGUUUGUUUUUUUAUAAGUCUUAAGAUCCAAGCCUAUAUAUGAAUGCUUAUAUUCUAUUAUCAUUUCAUGACAUUGGGCAAACCAUUCAUCAUGCCAAUAAUAUUAUUGUCAUAAGACCUGAGCUACCUACUAAAACCUGUCCAAGACAAGACAAGAUAAGGAGUACAUCCACCUUUAUCACUUUUCAACUUCAAUUUACAUCAACAAGGCUGGAUAUGUUUUGUAAAUUUACACAAUAAUUGAAGCUGCAAUUUUAUGGCUACAAAGCCAACUUGGUUUUAAAACUGGACAUUUCAGCUGAUAACAAAAUUUCUAGCAUUCAUUGGACUUCUAACCUACAAGCCCCACUUGUGUGUACUGUUACUAGAUAAAUGGAGUUUAUUCAUUGGAAUAUGGAUUCCAUAAAUUGUUUUUAGGCCAAUAUACAGGCCUAUGCAGUAAGUUCCUAAAGGAAAAUAAUGAGUAAUCGGCUGAUAAGCAGGUACAGUCAAUUUCAUCUGUACCUGGAGCAACCAUACAAUAAUAAUCAAGAUUGGCAGGAGAGGGUAGGACAUACUCAUUUAAUAAAUGUAAGACAAUACGGGUAUGAACAACAUAACUGUAAAUGAAUUAUUGGUUCUUGCUGAUUCAAUUUUCUAAUUAAACAGUGUAAGAGGUUCUGUUAUUAUUGUAGGUUAAGCUACAUGCAACUACUGUGGCUAGUUGAUUGGGUUGUGAUAAAAUUAGUUGAUUAAAGAUAUCAGCUUUGGAAUAAAUACAAAUAAUAUGGACAACAAUAUGGUUAGUAGAAGAAGACAACAGUGGCCAAGGGGACUUAUUCUUUCAUUUUAAUUAAUUUUCUAGUGUUGGCUUAUAGUCAUAUUUCUUUUAAUCUGAAGAAAACAAAAUGCAUGUAUUGAAUAAUUAAAAAUAUCUGAGUGAUAACUUUAGUCUUUUUAGUUCCUCAGUAGAAUUAAUCAGGCAGUGACAAACUUUUUAAACAAUACUGUUUCUGAUGCAGCAAUAUAAAUGAUUAUAACACAGCAAUGGCAUGCUGUUAAAACUGAAAUGGUUACUUACAGAAGAGAUAUGAUGUGAAAAUCUUUAUUAGGUUUAUAAAACAGAGUGAAAAUGUAGGACUUGCGCUGCCAAUGUUAAAAAUAUAGUAGUGUUUUUUUUUGAAAACAGAAAAUGUCAUAUUUCAUAACAAUAUUUGUUUAUUUGUACCCAUGUGGUAUAUUCCUUUUUUUAAAUAAGUUAAACUUAUUUUUCUCCACAUAUAUCAUUUGCUAAUAAUAGUAACAGUAUUUCUCUCAUGAAAUACUUGCCUUGUUCUGUUUAAUUUUUUUAAAUAUUAAAUUUAAAAAAAAUUCAGCGUUUUUAAAAUGUAUGUAUGAAUCAUAAUGAAUUUUUAAAAGUGGCAUAAUAAAUACAAAUGUUGGUAAAAAGGCUUGAAUUUUUAACAUUUAUUUUUAAAAUGGAUACAAUUGAUGGAUAUAAUAAAGAUUUUAACUUAGGAGUCAAUACUUUUUGUUUUGCUGCUACUUGUUUGCUGUAUUUAUAUAUAUUUAUAUAUAAAGAAAUUUAGCAUACCAAAUCUUUUGGCCAUAAAUAAAAACUAUAAUUAACUAAUCUCAUAAUAGGUAUCAAAUAAUAGAUCAUUCAAUUCUGAAUCCAAUGAUCUAUAACUUGAUAUUACUGCUAUGUUCUUCACUGAACUGGCAUCCAGAUUGUAAUGGUACCUAAUGAGGGAGAAAAAUAGCAUGCAGAAAACCAAGAAUAUUUGAGAAUUAAGUAAGUUAAAGUUACUUAUUAAUGUUUCUAUUAAUGCUAAAAGAUAUUUAUAUGUGUUGCAGUGCGAUGCAUGAUGUAUGGCUUUGGUGAUGACCAGAAUCCUUACACAGAAUCAGUAGACCUUUUGGAAGAUCUUGUAAUUGAUUAUAUUACUGAAAUGGUAUGUCUGAUUAAAGCAGAUAAGUAUAGCUAGCUACUAAAUCAUGCCUCUUUUCUAAUUUUAAUAUUAUACUAAUCAUAGAGUAUGUUAUGAUGUUUCCAUCAAUGUCCAAGGGGUGCCAUGGGCAUAAAAUUUCAAUAUUAUAAAAUACAAUAGAAACAAUGAGGUUUUUGGAGAAACCAGUUUGUAGACCAUGCUUCUUACUUGACUCUACAUCAAACAGGGCAUCUUUCUCACUGGGAGAUGAUGAAUAGAUAAUAAUCCCACUUCCAGCAAAAACAAAGGAGAUCUCUAACAUUUUUUUUACUGUGCUCCGUUUUUUGUCGUACUUCUAUUUGUCCUGUGCACUGAAGAAGGUUCUAAGCCAAACGUUCAUAUCUUACUGUUCAUUCUUUUGAUUCAAGCUUCAACAUACCUUGUUUUACUAUUUCAUUGGGAGAUGAUGGCAUGUCAAAAGCAGUCUCCUUUUGUGAGCUGUGGAAAGGGAAGCUAAAUGAAGCUCCAAUACCUGUGUCAGAGAAGAGCUCAAGUGCAGGCUAGAGAAAGUUUGAAGCACUUGACAAGAGCUUAACUCUGAUUAUGACAAACUUUAACAUAAACUGUCAUUUAGUCUCAGGAGAUGCUUUGACUGUACCCAAAGGUUAUACAGUCUGUAUCUAAGUUCAGAAUUUAGCUUUUUAGUCACCUCCCAGCAUGCCAAAGACUAUUUAACAAUAUACCUAUGUCUAUGCAAGAUGCAUAAGAAAGAAGAACAAAAUGUGCCUAUACAUAUAUAGUUACUUUUGCUCAUUUACAUUUGAAAUUUUAUAAAUUAUUGAUCGUAGUAUAAGCUCCAACAAAAACUUUUUGUUAUAGUGAGUUUUCAUUUAUGUCUAUGUUUUCAACAGACCAAGAAAGCCAUGGAGAUUGGUAAAUCAGGACGAAUUAUUGUGGAAGAUAUUAUAUUUUUAAUUCGCAAAGACCCUAAAAAGUAUUCCAGAGUGAAAGAGCUUUUGCUCAUGAGUGAAGAGCUUAGAAAAGCAAGAAAAGCCUUUGAUGAAAUUAAGUAUGCAACGACAAAAUGAUUUUUUUUAAAAAUGAUUUUCUUCGUUAACUUCCCUUGUACAUACUGGUAGUUUAUUUAGUUAAUGAUGAAAAUGUCUGUUGUAUCUGUGCCUAUUGAAUAAAUUUGAUUAAAUUUGUCAACAACUAAAAUUAAUUGCAGAAUGCCUCAAAUUUAUCAUUUUUUUUUUUUUAAACUAUACCGUAAUUGUUAUUACUACAGCUGUCAGUAAUAUGGCAGAAGUGGAGAAAAAGUGAUGAAAAAAUCAAUAAAUGUUAAUUACAUUGAUCUGACAUGUUUAACAUUUCAUUAAAAUAAUAAAUUGUUUUAACACUGCACCGGUGUCAUGCAACACAUGACAACACUCAUGGAAGGUAAUUUAUAUAUAUGUACAAACUGAGGGGUGGGGGUUUGCGUUUAAGGGGUUUUUGCUAACUGAAGAAUAGUCUCAACAAAUAAAUGCAAGAAUUAUGAAAGUCAAAGGAUGUUAACAGAGAUUUCACAAAUACAAAGUAACCCCAGGCCUAAUAAGUGAUAUGCCAGAACACAAGCUCUGGAUUUUAAUAUUUCUACUGACAGUCAGUCAGUCAUAAUUAAUAAACAAAUUAUAAAAAGGGGGGGGGAUGAGAAAUUAACAUCCAUUGUAAAAGCCAAGACCAACAAAAACAUCCCAAGCACCCGAGUGGAUUCGACUCGUUAGCCUUGGAUGGCAACUCAUGUAAGAGAAAGCAAACUCUGAAUUCAAACCAAGAGCCAAAGUGAUCAAUAAAUUGAUUGUGGGCCCUCAAAUAUGGAAAAAUAAUAAUUCCAUAAGCUUUCAGAUAUUUAGAAUCAGGGAAACAGAAUUAAAAAGUAUUGAAUAAGAAAUUUAAACUUAAAUCUUGAGAUACAGUAACUUAAAAAAAACCUGCUAAAUUAGUCAUUUGAAACACAUUGUAUCUGUAGGUAAAGUCACAAAUUAUUCCCAUUAAUUAUUUAGUCACAAAGUUACCACCAUGUCCACUAUUUGCUGAAUUUUGUGAGUACAAAAUUAUGUUCUUUAAAAAAAAUGCAUUGAUUUUUAAUAAACAUCCACCACAAUUUUAACAUCUUUUCACACUAAUUCACAUCCAUGUAUUGGAAAUUGAUUAAAAAUAUGUUUAUACCAUUAAAACAAAAUAA